AUGUUGGCCCCACCACCUCUCACCACCGCACCGGCCACCGCCGCCGAACAUGGUGGAACCUCCUAUCAAGGUGGGCUUGUUACCACCGUCGACUUAGGCUCGGUCUUGGAGCAACUUCAAGCGUUCCCUCCAUUGCCUCCACGCUCGACACACGCUCCCGCGCACGCCUCCAAUGAAACCCUAGCCUGUGUGCAAUUGGGCUCCACACACUUCUCUCCUCCCGAUCCACGAAGUCAAGCAGACCUUAGUUUGAGAGUUGACCAGCUAGCUCAGAGAAUGGACGACCAAAGCGAUCUGAUGAGGCAAAUCCUCCACCAAAUCAGCUUGGCUCAAAACCUUGGCCUUGGACAAUUGGGCGAAGAGAGAAGGAUGGACGAACGCACCGGCAGGCAGCUCAACGGGUACCCAGCAGGUCAAGCAGGAGUGGGCAGACAAGGCGAGGGACAACAACUUGAUCGGCCUACUGACAUGUCACAAGCAUCCGCGAGCCCCACUCGGAGCAGAUUAAGUUUGAGGAACAACAUGCGCGAGAGGCUAGGCCCACGACUUGACGUCCACGCCCGCUUGGGCCCGCAGGGAAAUGUACUUCAAAGGCUAGGCCCCCAGGGAGGACAACCAGACAACCAUCGCAACGAGGAUCGUGAAGAAAGACGCUCAGCUAUCCACUCGCAGAGGAGCAUUCACGAGAGGCUAGGUCCCCAGGGUGAUCAACCGGAUAAUCCUCACAAUGAGGACCACGAGGAAGGACACUCCGUUGCUCACUCUCGAAGAGACGGUUCUCGUCCACCAACACGCCCCCUAGGCAGCGCAUACGAGAAGGUCGACCCUCGCAGACCCAGGAGGAGGUCAGUCAACAUCACCCGAAUCGCGAAGGUCGCCAACGUGAUCGACCAGCAAUGUGUAUGGAAGACGUUGAGAAGCUUAUGA